AUUAGGUUUAUGUAGGAAAUAACCGUGUCAUAUAUAAGUAUGCCAGAGACCAAUAGUCAGGGGCGAUACCUAGCUGUCUUUGAGUCUAGCUAACUUUUUCCUUUGCCUUAGGUCUAUCACCAACACGUUUCAAUGACUCCGGUCAUACCGGUGUAAUGUAGAAACUUGACCCUCUGUGGAAAAGGCAACGAAUGUGAAAAGUAGAUAGUAAGAGCUAAGUUUCAGUUCCAUACACUGUAAAGUAGAGAUUAAUAUUACUCUAUUUAAAACAUUUAUAAAACAUUGUGAUAAAAAAUGGAAUUAUUUUUUAAUAAUAUUUAAAACUUAAGAGUGAACAAAUUGUAACGCAAGGGGAGAUAAUAAAGGUAGUUUCUCUUAGCCAAUCAAAUCAAGCGACACACUUUUCGAAUGUGGAUUCUGCCAGUGUUGAUGAUUUCCGCUUCGGAACAGGAUAAAUAACCCAACAAAAUGGAACAAAUGUUGAAGAAUAUCGAUGACAUGAAAUAUAAUGAAUUGCAAAAGAUAGCUAAAGGUGUUGGCAUAAAAGCCAAUGUAAAGAUUGACAAGCUCCAGAAGGCUUUAAGAGAAUACUACUCUCAACAGGCGGAACCUGGAAACACCAACCCAAAACAUGAUCAACAGAAGCACGAAGAAAGUGUAACUAGUGACAGUAUGGACACUGAUGAAGUGGAGACAAAGCCAGCCAGGCGUGUCACCAAGAAGGCCAAGAGACGAGGGAGGGGGAAGAAGGCAGCCAAGAAGACUGUAGAGGAGGAACCCGAGCCUGAGGUGAAACUGUGUGCAACUCCUGUAGCUGCAGUCAAGGCAGGGUCCAAGAAGACCACACCUCAUACUCCAGAACCCUCCGGGGUAGGGGUCAAGGUCAAGCCAUCACCCAUGACCCCUAAGAUGAAGGUCAAGGACCAGGUGAAGCCUUCACCAAUGACUCCUCAGAUGAGAACUGUUAUGACCCUCAAGCAGACCAAAACACCUCUGUCACAGAAAAGGAAACGGUCAGGGUCUUUGCUCAAACCACAGGUUGACAGUAAACCAUCUACACCAGUAGCUGAGCCAAGCAACAAGAGAAUCCGUCGAAGCACAUUUGAGAAGAAGGACGACAUGAAUGUGACCCCAUCAUCCCAGGAGGUGAAGGACACUAGUCCAGGUGUGAAGGACAUACUUGGGGUCAUGAAGCCAGAGAUGAACAGCGCAGAACGGAAGGCUACUUUACUCAAGGCACUGGAUGAGAAGGUGCAGAAAGUCACUCGGCCAAGAAAAACUGGCACUCCUACACGAGGUGAUGAGAAAUCAACUUGCAGUACGCAGAUUCCCAGGUUUGCUGCAUUCCUGGCCAAGAAGAAGCAGGAAUCUCAGAAGGUCAUUACUCCGGGUAACAAGGAUUGGACAAAAGUCCAUAAGAAGGAGUUUGACAAAUUUGACUCCAUUGAUGUGUACUUGGAGAAGAAGAGACAGAGAACAAAGUCCAUCACCAAGUCAGUUUCCAAGGUCAGCCAGAUUCUAGAGGAGUCUAAGAAGGCCAUCACAAGUCUGAGAAAUCAGAAGACUCCAAGCAGUGAAAACAUGGUGAAACCUAAACCAAAGAAUGAUGCUAAGAUCAAUCUGUUCAAGUCCCCAUCGGGGCCUACACCUUUCAAGCCAAGUGUGUUUAAGACAAAGAACAUGAACACUAAUUUUGGUGCCAAGACACCCAACUCCAACCCAGGAGCCAAGACUCCAGUCACACUGGGACCUGGCAAGAAGACGACACCUAAAGCAGGGAGCACAGUUGAGAAAAAGGCUGACAGAAAGUCAUUGGGAGUAAUGUCCACUAAGAAGACAACCGGAGUCACUCCUUUCAAGUUCACUGGUACCCUGAACACCACAAUGCCUGACGGCAAGUCGACCAAAAAGCCCUUCUUUGAUUUGAAAGCCAGUCUAGCCAGACCAGUAACAUGGAGAACCCACAAGGGCAAACUGAAGCCAGUUGGGGAUUCCACCUACGCCCAACAACCCGGCUCAGAGAUCAAAGCUCCAAGAGUUGCCUCUAGAGACGACAGACGAGCAGCCAUGGCACAACACAGAGCCAAUAAGAAGUUCAGUAGUCAGAUGCAGAGACGGGGGAUCAAGACCUAGAUACAGGAUCUCAGCUCAUCCCUCAGAAACGUCAUCAAGUAACACUACAGCUGGCUGGUCACAGAGCAACUCUGGCAGUUUACCUCACAAGUGCUAACAUAGAUCAUCAUCUACUGUCGGUCAUGCACAUCACCUGGAGUUAUUCAUCGUCACAUCGAGCAUGCACAUCAUACAUAUACUACCCAGAAGUUAAAGACCGCCAAUACUUUCAGUGGGCUAUAGUUAGCUAUCGUGGUCAUGACAGAUUCACUGUAAUCACAUAGAAGUAUUGUUGUUCUUUAACUUCUUGUGAGUGGUAUACGUUCACCUUCAUACUUUCAUGUCAUGCAUUGUCUUAACAUUCAUACGACACCACCUUACAGUCCAUCACUGCUAGGUAUACACCUAGCCUCUGUGUACAGAACACUGAUUUAAAAUUGUCUCUCAUCACAACAUAUUCAACUCCAUUCCUAUCUGUUUCUGAGUCUGUCCUUUCUAAGUAUACUGUUAUAUUCAUGUUUAUCAUAUAUUUUGGCUCUUUCCUGUUUAAAUCUGAGAUAUUAUCGUGACACCUUCAAAGUACAAUUCCAGAUAUUAAUCUUAAUUCCCUAUGCUUACGGAAGGUUGAGUUAAGGGUCAUGCAAAGGCAACUUAACCUGAUUUUUCAAUGUUUACUGUAACCAAACUAAGCAAAUAGUCUCACUUUGUUCCACUGAUACUGUUCUUACUGCAAGAUCAAUGUCACAGCAAGCUAUGAGAACAAAUAACUUCUAUAGGAUCUAAGCAGCACAGGUAUUGUUAAGCCACGGGUUAAGUCAGGCUUAAUCUGUUCGUUGUCAUUAAAUAUAUGUAGACUUUCUUGAAGACAAGGUUUUUGUUUUAGCUUGUGCAAUAUACUUGUGGGAUGUCCUUUAAGUGCAGUGCACACAUGUAAUCCUGAAUGGCCGAUUUGAUCUAUAAACUCUACAAAUGCUUUUAAACAUUACACAGAAUCAAAAGUUAGUGAAAUAUAUUGCUCUACUGUAUAAAACACUUCUCUGGACACACAUUUUAAAUAUAUAUAUAUAUAUGUUAUAGUGCAAAGAAUUGGAUUUUAUACUUCCAAAAGUCAAAUAAUACAAUGCAAGAAGUAAAGUAUUGUGUACAUCAUUUGUAGCGUAUGAAAAUCAAUGUGUCUUUAAUCUUGAUUGGCCCUGACUGCUACUGUCCUGGGCCCUGUUCCUCAAAGCGAUCGUAGCGCUACAACUCGUAACUCCCAUACUUUAACAUAGACUUAAGACUGACGUAGCGAAACUCGCUUUGAGGAACGGAGCCCUGCUGAGACAGAUUAACUAUAUGAAUAGGACAAAAUCCCGUGGUCCUUAAGUUAUUUUGAGCAGUAAAUGUCAAGCUGUCAGUGUGUGGCAACAUGGGGUCACAAACAUAAAGUUGGAAAUAGUUCAUAUUUGUCCUCCAUAUCAAGUAUUCCUAAGUCCAUGUUGUUUAACCUUGAAUUUAUUGAAAUCGUUUGACAGACAUCUGUUAAACUUAAUGCUGUAAAAAGAGCUUUACCUCAAAUGCUGUUUGCUAUGUAUGACUUGUACAUGCCAAAUUUGUUGAAGACUUCAUGUCAUGUUUGUUGAGAUUAUGUGUGUAGUAAUGUAAUAGUUUGUCAUUCCAGAAACUUUUAAAACUAAACAUUUUAAGUUCUGGGAGGAAAUAAAAUAUCCUAUUCUGAUCCUA